AUGGCGCCCUCCGUAAUUCUGGACAACAGCGACAGCAUGCAGCUCAAUGGCAAAGCAUCGCACGCCGGCAGCACGAGCGUCUCGGAACUCCAGAAAUAUGGCAACCCCUCGCUCAAGGUCACGGCCGACCACCGCAUAAAGAUGGAGGAAGCGCCAAUCAACGAGCCAGGGCCCGGCGAAGUCCUCAUCCACAUCAAGGCAACAGGAGUCUGCGGCUCCGACAUCCACUUUUGGAAACGCGGUGCCAUCGGUACCCUUACUGUCGACGGCGACUGCAUUCUCGGCCACGAGGCGGCCGGCAUCGUCGUGCGCGCGCACCCCACCGUGACGACGCUGCGGCCAGGUGAUCGCGUAGCGCUGGAGCCGGGCGUGCCGUGCGGGAGCUGCUUCCUUUGCCGGUCGGGGCGCUACAAUCUGUGCUCGGACGUGGCCUUCGCGGGAGUAUACCCCUACGACGGCACGCUGCAGCGCUUCAAGACGCACCCGGCGCGCUGGUGCCACAAGCUUCCGGCCGCCAUCAGCUUCGGCGAGGCCGCCCUGCUGGAGCCGUUGUCGGUCGUGCUGCACGGCAUCGCCACCGCUCCGCUCUCGCUCGGCCGCCCCGCCCUCGUGUGCGGCGCCGGUCCCAUCGGCUUGCUCGCUCUCGCCGCUGCCCGCGCCAGUGGCGCCAACCCCCUUGUCGUCACUGACCUCGAGCCGCGCCGUCUCGAGUUUGCCAAGCGCUACGUGCCUGGCUGCCGCACAUACCGCGUCGACCCGGCCCUGGGAGCGCGUGGGAACGCCGAUGCUGUGCGGAGGCUGUUCUUGGGAGAAGGCGCCGAGGUUGAGGGGCUGAGUGAGGAGGAGCGUGAGUAUCUGGCCCCUGACACUGUGCUCGAGUGCACCGGAGUUGAGAGCAGUGUCUGCACGGCCGGCUUCGCCGCGCGCCGCGGUGGCACUGUCUGCGUCAUUGGCGUCGGCAAGGAUAUCAUGAACAACCUGCCCUUCAUGCACAUGAGCUUGGCUGAGAUCAAUCUCAAGUUCAUCAACCGCUACCGCGACACCUGGCCUGCUGGCAUCUCGGCAAUUAGCGGCGGAGUCCUCGACGUCAAGCCGCUCAUCUCGCACGUCUUCCCCCUUGCCAAGUCCAAGGAGGCCCUCGAGCUGUGCUCGGACCUUACCCAAGGCAGCAUCAAGGUGCAGAUUGUCGACGAAGUGGAGGUACCUUUGGCUACAGAAGCGUGA